UAUUGACGCGUAAACUUGAAGGAUUCAUUAAAUUUUUCUUGAAGAGAUGUCGGAAGAAUUGGAAAAAUCAUCAUAUGACUGUGACAUCUGCGAAGAGUCAUUUUCAGAAAAAGGUGAACUCACUAGACACAAAUGCAUUCAUACAGAUGAGAAACAAAAUCACCAUGAUACCUGUGAUAAAUCAGUCUGUCAAGAUUCAGAAUUAUUCAGUCAUAAACAAAUUGAUACGAGAGAGAAAAUAUAUCACUGUGAUAUCUGCAAUAAAUCAUUCUCUCAAAAUAUCUAUUUAACAGUACAUAAACGUAGUCAUACAGGAGACAAACCAUAUCAGUGUGACAUUUGUGAUAAAUCAUUCUAUGAAAGAAGUGAGGUAACUACUCACAAAUACAUUCACACAGGAGAGAAACCAUAUCACUGUGAUAUCUGUGGUAAAUCAUUCUCUCGAAAUAUCUACUUAACUAUACACAAAAGGGUUCAUACAGGAGAGAAACCUUAUCACUGUGAUAUCUGUGGUAAAUCAUUCUCUAAUAACCAUCACAUACAAAAUUGGGGAGAGCGGAGACCCUUGACGAACAGGCCGUCUGAUGCGGAACGGCUUCGAAAAGAAGCCAUUCACCCGAACAAUCGAGUUGAUGUUAUUGUACAACUGUAUGAUCCACAUGAGGAAGCCAAUGCCCAGACCGAACUGCGCCAGUACGGACACCAGGUACCGAUGGUUCACUCUAUCAAACGCUUUACUCUGGUCUAA